GUUACUAGGGACGCUGAAAGGUCAUUAAUUCAAAACUGUAUGAAUUUGUUCUCUUUUUAUGCCGUUUAUGUCUGAUUUGGGCUAGAAAAUGUAGAAAUAAUUUCACUUGACUUGUACAAACGUGUUUUUCAAGUUCUAUUCUUUCAAAAAGGACGAGCAAAUUUGAUAUUUUUGUGAAGUUGUCAUUCCCGCCAACAUGAGUGCACAACUCAAAUACAUCGUCGAUGAGCUCAAUAAAGAACCUUUUAAAAAGAACUACAAUCUUAUAAGUUUUGAUUCCCUGCAACCUUUGCAAUUACUUCAAGUGCUGAAUGAUGUGUUUGCAGAAGUAAACCCACAGCAUAAAAUUGACCUCCGUGAAGAAGAUCCUGAAGCAAUGGCUGUGCGAAUGUUUAAUUUCCUUCGUGUGCUGAAAUAUAAACCAAAAACUGAAGCUGGAAGUUUGGCUCCAUUUCGUCAAGGCUUAGUUCAAGGAGAGAAGCAGGUUAUAUAUCCAAUCCUACAAUGGCUUUUUGAACGACUACCAGACCUUCGUAAAAGAGCAUACUUAGCCAGGUUCYUGGUUCGUAUGGARAUACCAGGGGACCUGCUAGCCGACCAGGAACUGUUUGAUUUGAAUGAGUCAUAUGCACAACUAAUUGAAGAAUUCAAAGAAUGCCACAAAGAAGCAGAGCAGUUGAGAUCAUCAGGGUUUUCAGCAUCAGAAAUCAAAAAGGAUAUUAUGCACAUGGAGGAAGAACAUGGACAGCUGAAGAAGAGAAUUGAACGAAUGCAGAAAAAGGUUGAGUCUGUAAGAAACUAUGAACAGAUGUUACAAGCAGCAAGGAACCUCAGAGUGGAAAGAGAACARGAGUCAUCACUAGCCCAGCAGAAACUUGAACAAAAAACACAACUCCUUCAUGCUGAUCAAAGAUUCCAAAGAAUGACACAUCAAUUAAAGGAUCUCCGUGCUCAGGGUAUUGGAACCACUGGCGCAGAUUUGAUUAGAAGACUUGAUGAAGAGAACAAAGUUAAUGUUUAUCUCUGCCAGGAUAAACUACCCAAGGAGAUUGAAGGAAAACAGAAGUAUUCCAGAGAUUUACAAAAAGUUGCAAAUGAGCCAGCCAUGGGACACUCUGACCUGGAUGAGCUCAAUAAGAAUAUUAAGACGUUAUCUUCAGAGAUCAACUCUUUGAUUGAGAAGCGCAUGGUACGAAACGACCCRAUUGAUGAUAAACUAUCAUUAUUCAGGCAACAGGCUUCAAUUAUUGCUCGCAAGAAAGAGUCUUCAGCAGAGAAGCUCAAGGAGGCCAUGGAUGAGUGUUCAAGCACAGAAACUGAACUACAGAAAAAGAGAGAUCUKCUCAAAGACAGUGAAGGUGCUGAGGUUUUAAAAGGCGAUGAAUUCAAAAGAUAUGUCAAUAAACUGAGAGGAAAAAGUACAGUCUACAAAAAGAAAAGACAAGAGUUGGCUGAGCUCCGUGCAGAGUAUGGAGUGCUAUCAAGAUCAGAAGAAAUAUUGAAAUCAAAGUAUGAYGAUUUGUCUUCACAUUUGUCAACUCUUGAAAACAAGCAAGGAGUGUCCGGCUAUCAUGAUACUCAAGAAGAACUUGAAAAAGUAUCAGCUGUCAAGAGUGACCUUGAUGAACAAAAGGGAAAAACACUGGAUGACAUCUCAGACUUGGUCGUUACUAUGAACGCCACUAUUUCUGAGAAGAAGAGUGCACUUGCUCCAGUUAUCAAGGAACURAGGCCAAUGAGACAGAAAUGCCAGGAAAUCACAGAGGAUUAUGAGGAAAAGAAAGCACAAUAUGAAAACCUUGCUGCUGGUCUUGAAAGCAACUUGUCCAAACUAGAACAGGAGGUACGAGGUCUCCGGGAAGAGAUUUCAAGUGAGGAAAGUCGAUACCAUUAUCUGCAGUGUAUGAUGAAGGUUUUGGAAGUACAGCAAAAGCGUAUUGAAGAUGAAAUGAAUGCCUAUAGAGCWCAAGACCCUGCUGAGAGAAAGAAGUCAUGGAGGGAGCAGUAUACAAAGAAAAUCCAAGAACAAGAAAAUCUAGGAAAGAGCCUUCGUGAAAAACAAAAGGCAGUACGAGAAAGUCACGGACCAAAYAUGAAGCAAAUGAAAAUGUGGAGUGAUCUUACAAAGCUACUUGAAUGUAAAAAGAACUGCCUUCUCAAGAAAGCUGGUGGAGAGUCUGUUAGUGCUGUACCUGCUGAAAGAGGAACUGUCAGUGAAGAUGUCCUGGUUCUUUAGCAUAAAGAGCAUUUUUCUUGUCUUAAAAAAAUGUAUAAUAGCUCUUGCAUACACUUCAUCAAUAUUGUGAAGUGCGGUUGAUGUUUACCUGUACAAGUAAAUUAUUUAUUUAUGAUUCAUGUAAAUCUUAGAAAACAAGGCAUAUAAAAGAAUGCAACUGAAUGCAAGUAUGGGAACUAAUGUUGUUCAUGACAAUUAAAGCUUUGAGUCUAUGA